AUGUCCCCUCAGGAGCUUGCUGCACUGAUCUGCAAAGAAGGGGAUCACCACCUCUCCCAGGAGGAGUUACCAGUAGCCACUGCUUUCUACAUGGCUGCCUUCAGCUGCAGUGCCCCCACAGCAGUGCAGAAAGUGAACUCCUUGGACAGAGGGCUCUGGGAGAAGGUGACAGCCACUCUGGAGACGUGGUGCAAAGGCGAGAGUCAGAUCCCCAAGAUCCAGAGCAAGAACUUGGCUGUUGUCUCCCUCAGUGUAGGAAUAGCUGCAAUCUUUCUCUCCACCUUAAGUCCCAACAACGUGGUAUCCUCAGUGUAUAAACUGGAGGCCCUGCUCAGGCAAGGAUGCUCGGAGGAGGUGGUGAAUAAGUGCAAUGCCCUGCUCAAGGUUAACCCAAAGUACUCCAUGGAACUGCUGCUGCUGAGGGCGCUGGCAUGUGUGCUGUCAGGGACACAGGUCAGGAAGGGAGUUGCAGACUAUAUUCAAGCCUUUGUGAAGCAUGGGGCUGAGGCAGUGACCUAUGUGUGCACUAGGCAGAGGGAACACCUGCCACAGGUCCUCCUGGCCUUCUCUAAUUAUCUUUCUACAGAUCAGAAAGCAAGCCCAGAUGGCAGUUCCUUGGAGCAGUGGCUGGGCAACUGCUAUGACUUCCUGUCUGCAGUGGCACCAGAUGAUGUCUGGGUUUGCAGGGUGCUGGCAGCCUACCUUUUGAAGAAAAGCAAAUUUGAGGAGUGUGUGGCAGCUUGCAGCAAGGCCCUCAAGGUCUUCUCAGCUGCUAACAAUGUCAGAGAUGAGGAAGCUGUGGGUCUGCUCUUGGAACGGGCUGCUGCCUAUUUCUCCUUGGGUGGCCGCACUCAGGAAAUGCUGCAGGAUUUGGCAGAAGCCUUUGCAGCAAGCCCUGCCCAGGCAAUGAAACACUUUGAAGAGCUCUUCUCAGCACAUGACAGCAAGAGGAUAGCAGAGCAGGCUAGAGCUGUCCUGGAGGUGAAGUUUGCGGCAUACCGGGAGGCUGUGCGUGCUCGGACUGAGCUCAGAGGCAGCCACGGCAGGGAGCUGCUCCCCUCUGUCAUCCAGACAGUUCAGCUCCUCCUGCAGGUCUGCCCAGACUCCACACGGGAGCUCAGCGUCCGGCUGGCAGACUGCCACCUCCUGCAUGGACACGUCCAGGCUGCCCUGGACAUCUGUGACCGUCUCUUGGCAGCAGAGCAGAAAACUUACUACAACACUCUCUUAGCUCUGCGAGGAUUCUGCUCCCUCCAUGCCCACGACCAUCAGCAAGCCCUGCAGGACUUUCAGAAGGUCAUUGAGCACGACUCCCCACACCCCAGCAGCUGCAUCAAAGCCUUGUGUGGACGUGGACUUAUCCGGGUUGCUGGUGGCAGCCAUUACUUGACAGCCCUAGAUUAUAUCACAGCUUGCCAGUUGAAGCUGGAAGAAACCAUCUUCACAAUCAAGUCCUAUGUGCCAUGGAACCAAAGAGGCCUGCUGCUAAAAGUCCUCCAAGAAGAAGGACAGAAGAUGCUGCAGAAGAAGAGGUACCCAGGAGAUGACGCAGCCCAUGGGCAGAGAGAGAAAUGGGGCUAUGCCCCUGGGGUUUUCCAGCUGGCUUCUCUCUUGGUGGAGCUGGACCCCUCUGAUGAAGCAUCACGGAUCCUUUGUGCUGAUGCCCUGUACCAGAUGGGCUGUGUAGAAGAAGCUCACAAGCUCCUCUCAGUAGCACUCUCCAGAAAUCCACAGAGGUCUCCCAUCCUGGCUAGACUUGCACUCCUGCAGCUGAAGAAAGGAUUCAUGUAUGAUGGCAACCAGCUGCUAAAGAAAGUGAUCAGAGUUGGAGAUACCUCCUGCCUGCUGACAAUCAUGGACAUUUUCAAAGAUGAAGACAGGAAGCUGAUGCAAAGGCACUGCCAUUUCAGAGCACUGACCAUCCUGAAGAACAAACAGGAGGAUGCUGACAUCAAGGAGGCCAUUGCUUACCUUUCCUUUGCCAUCAUUGCUUCAGGUGGCUAUGCUGAGGAUUGCCUUCUGCUCAGGGCUCGAUGCUAUGGCUGCCUUGGCCAGAAGAAAACUGCUAUUUUUGACUUCAAUGCCAUCCUCAAAGAGGACCCCAGGAAUGUGAAAGCUCUGAGUGGCCGAGGACUGAUUUACCUUGCUCUGAAGCAGCAGAAGGAGGCAGUGCAAGAUUUGAUCUCAGCACUGAAGGUGGAGGCAGGAGCAGUGAUCCAAACCAUCCUGUCCUUAAAGCAUGAGCCCCAAGGGCUGAUCACUCAGUGGCUCCUCCAGCACGGCAGGACUGCGUUAGCUGAGUUCGUGGCUACUAAAGACCUCUCAAGAGAAGAAACCCUCAGGGAUCUCCUGCUGAUUGCAAAAUCACUCAUUAAGAUCUGCAGGGAUGUGCAGUACCACACCUUCUAUACGGAUGUUUUGAUUGCAAAUGGUAAGUAUGAAGAGGCCUUCACUCACCUUCAGAAAGUAUUUGGCCACUCUCUUGGUGAUGACUUUGCUAGUGCAAGGCUGGCAGUGCUGCAGCUGAAGAGGAGGAACCUGGCAGUGGCAGCUCACUCCUUCAGCAUCCUGGCCAAGAGAGAUGAACAAGAGUUGGAGUUCCUCCUGAACUUCGUAGAUGCUAAGCAACAGCAGCACCUCUGUAAGGCAGCAGCCCAGGAAGGAAAUGCACUGACCAAGAGCCACCGCUAUGAGAAGGCUCUCGGUUAUUACACCCUGGCAGUCUUGGCCAGCAAAGAUAACCCAAGGUACCUGAGACAGAGAGCUGCUUGCCUCAUGCACCUGAAGAGAUAUGACAAAGCUUUAAAAGAUAUGGAGAAAGUGAUCCAGAGGCAUGGCUCCAACAGCCUCAAAACCCAGGUGGAGGACCUCUGCGCGAAGGGUCGCCUGCUGCUGUGCAUGGCUGAGGAAGCAGCAGCAGUCCAGCAGUAUAUUGAGGCAUUGCAGAGAGAGGAGUCCACAGCCCUGUGCAGCAUCAUGAAUGCUCCUGGCAGUGACAUUUUAACCAGGACAUUUCACAAGAUUGCCCAAUACAACUUUGACACUCAGCGUUACGAAGAGGCCUGGAAGAUCACCGACUAUGGUCUGAAAAUCGCUAACAACAGUGAGCUGAAGCAGCUGAAAACAAGGCUGAAGCGAGAGGCAUCAAGCUGCAGCAUACACUGA